UGAUAUAGAUAUAGAUAUUAUUUAAAUAUUGAAAAUACGGUGCAACACUAACAAACGUCUAUGGUUAACGAACAGUCCAAGAUGCUGUCAUCAGUGCUAGCGAAAUAAUAAUGUGGUGCGACGUUAACCAGAGUUGUGCAAUGAUGGGUCUGCAGGCGACAGCAGGAAAACGAAAGUUGGAGGGAAGCGUAGGCUGCACAGAGUUCGAUAUGGAUAUGGGCGAGAGUCCGUCCAAGUUGGGACGUGUCGAAGGUAGUUGGUGGGCGAUGGAGGAUGGUUACACGCCGCCCUUGAGCCAAACGCCCCCGUCUUACUACGAGAUGGAAAUAUCAUCACCCCCCUGUCUUCAGGGUAGCAAUCCCUGCCAACCCGCCCCGAGUCCACCGCCACCUCCGCAGCUUCACCAUCCGCAGCACUACUACCGUGGUCCUGGUAACAACGGUUACAACCAACUUUCCAGGCCUCAACCUCAGUGGGGAACGCCGCAACACCACUAUGAGCCACCAACGAUAAGGAGGGAAGAAAAUGGGAAAAGUUACCUUGAGCUCGGAUCGAGUUAUCGUGCAAACGAAAGGUGUUGCGAGGGUUCGAGAACGAGUUGGUGCAGGAGAGGAAGAGCGUGUUACAGGCAAAGGAGGCUCGCGGUCCUUAAUAUUUCAAUGUGCAAACUAGCGAGGUAUAGACAAUUUCCCGAUCCAAGUUUGCACCGUUCUGUCCUCAUAUGCAACACCCUCAGGCAUUUAGAACGUGAAAUGGAAAGGGAUAGAAGUCCACCGCCGAUGGAACCCGUGAUUCCAGCACCUAUUGCUCAAUUACAACCCCCCGAACAGGGGAGGUUAACCCCCUUUCCCCUACCCCCGACAUCAUCGGGCGAAACAGACGCCGACUCCGGCAUCGGAGACAGCGACGAUAGCCGGUCCAUAAACUGGGGUAGUGUUUUGUCUCUGUCGAGUCAAUCGCCCCUCGAUCCUCUGAACAACAACGAACUGCUCGACGUCGACAUUGGUCCUGAUCUAGAAGACUUUAUGCCGGGAUGGAAACUCACGCCACUUUCCGCCGACGAUAUUCUAAGGAGUACAAACGGUAUACAGGAGCAGUCUUCACCCUCGAACCCCGCCAAUUGUAGCAGUACGCACGAGUCCCUCAUGUGCGUUGGUUCAUAGCCUCCGAUAUUGACGUCGUUGAGUCAUCUCAUCGAUUUUUAUCCCCUCAAUCCCCAAGUAACUAAUCUCCCAAAGUCUUUAAUACCCUCUUAGAGAUGAUUUUUAUUUUCUUUUUUCCUAUCUUUUUUCUUUUUCUCAUUGCGGCGCUGCACUGUUAUUGUAAAAAACAAAAAAUUAUAAUUAAAUUAAAUAAAACAUGCGACAAGCUGAAAUGGAGAAAAAAAAAUACUAUUUAUAACGCGCGGAUCACUCUCACGCGUCUAUAAAAACACAUGAAAUGAAAAUCAAUGGGAUUCACAAUUAUCGAUAUUAUAAACAUUUAUAUAUAUAUAUAUAUAUAUGCUGUACGCAUCGUCGUAUGAUUCUAUUACAUGGCAUAUACUAUAUGUAUACAGGUAUAGUUUGUUAUUCAUGUCAAUUAUUCAGUCGAUUUUUAUCAUUGAUUAUUGAAAUGAUUUAUUUUUCUUUUCUCGUCUUCUAUACUGGGUUAUUGAUUCACGAAACACCCUGCUGAAUUAUAUUAUAAACUGCAAGCACUAUUGUAACUGAAAAUUUUUCCACCCGAUAUACAUACAGCGAAUUAUUCGAUGAUUUGAUCGAAUGUUAUGAGAACCAACUUUUUAACCCUAAAAGAAAAAACAAAAACAAUUACACGAACGAAAAAUAAACUCUACGAUGGAAUGAUUUUUAAUACACCUGCUAAGAUAACGAUUGUACUAACGAAAUUCACUCGAUCAAAUCUGGGACAAUCCGUAGUUUGCAAACAAAAAAUAAGGUAAAUAAGAAAAAAAGAAGAAGACAAUAGAAAUGAAAACGAUAAUGAAUAAAAAUCACAUGAAUGAAAAUAUGAGUAUAAUUGUCAUCCGUAUAUAAUAUAUAUUAUAGGAAAAAAAAAACAACUGGAAGUUGAGUUUCGAUUAUUAUAAUCGUAUAUAUAUAGCCAUUGCGGCUGAUACCGUGGUGCUUUUAAGACUUUGGCCCCCGGGCCGGCAAUGUGGUAGAUAAGAGAAAAAGAAUAAAAAUAAAAAUAAUUAUUAUAAUGAUACCCAAGUCCUUAGCAUGAAUUUUCAAUCCUUGUAUAGUUUAAUCAAGGAAAAAACAUUGCUGGUCUAGCUGGUUUAGUGUUGAAAGCCCGACUGCCCGCUGCAACGUCGUGUAAGAAAUCAAUGUUUUCAUUUCUUAGGCGACAGUGUGGGGAACGAAGAAACUACCCUUUGAUAAUUCCCAUCCCCCAGAGUAACGAAAAAAUAAAAACAAAAACAAAAAAAAUAAGCAAAAGAAAUUGAAACGAUGCCCUGGCGAAUUAUGCAAAUAUUAGUAAUCGUAAUUAUAAUUAUAAUAGCGAUAGUAAUAACGGUAGUGAUAAUAAAUGAGAAAUGGAUUAAACGCAAAAAAUAACAAGACGAAACACUGCAGGCACACACGACACAACACAUACAUACAUGUAUACACACAGAAAAAACACAUGCAUAAAUGGUGCUAGGAUAACCCUGGUGCUGUGACAGUUGUUUCCAAACUUGACACGGAAAAUAGUAAUAAUAUCAACAACAACAAUAGUAAUAAUGAAUAUAAAACGAACGAACAGCCCGCUUGUCGUAAGUUCGUAGGAAUGAAAUGCUAUUUGACAGUAACAAAAAAUGGAAGAAAAAAAAAAAAUGUAUAUAUACUCUCUGAGAACUAAUUUACUUUUAAAAAUCUGAUAUCCCGAAUGAUUCCCACGGCAAUCAACGUAAUACUGUAAGUUAUCGAGAGAAUAUAUUUAUGUUGAUAUAGCAGGAAAUUGAAAAAAAUUGAAAAGUUAUUUAAAAAACAAUACAUUUUUUUACGAAUUGAAUAUUCACACAUAACAAUAAUUCAUGUCCAUAGUUUUCCAGAUGUGCAGCUAAAUACUUAAAUAAUUGAUGAAAGGAAGAAAAAUGAAAAUCCAAUUAAAAAUAAAACAAAUUUCUUACGAUAAUUGCUAAUUAAUAGACUUGACUGAUUACUUAAAAGAAAACACAACGUAACUAAUAAAAUUUAAGUCUAUUUAACAAAUGUAAUUAUUAUAAUUACAAAUUAAUUAAACAAAACAGAAAUGCUAGGUACUUCUUGUAAAUAAACACAUUUCUAAUUAGGUCUAUGACAUUACAAUACAUAAAUACAUACACAAAUAUACAUGUAUAUGUAUAUUAAUGAACAUAUACACAAUGUAUGUAUAUGUAAACCAGAAAGAUUGGGUACAUUCUUCUCUUUUCCUUUGGUUCUUUGUGACAUCAGUAGUUUUUUUCAUUCGAAUUUCAGACAUAACCGUGUUUCAUCUUCGACUGUUUUUGAUUUUUUAUUCAACUUUUCGGUCCAAUGUUUUACGAGAAACGACGAGCAAUAUUACUUUUAGCAAAACACAACGCCCCAUUUCGCCCUACAUGCGUGCAUACGAAAAUACCGUGGUGUACCCGUGUGCUCGCACAUUCACAGAAGAGAGAAAAUUUAAUAAUCAUAACAAUAA